GUUGCCGGGGGUUUCAUCAUAAAGUGUAAGCCGGCCGGCAAGCGUCACUUCGAUCAAGGCAAGUCUGUGAGUAAGGAGCGUAGGCAGGGAUCGAAGCAGUCCGCAAGGACCGAGGAGAAGGUAAAACUACCUGUGAAAGUGGAAACAUCUGGACUUGAGAGACUCGGCACCACCGAGGGCUUCGUCAUUUCGGACAACACGGAGGCAUCCUUCCCCACAACCGCCACCCCGAGCUUAACUAACACCAUGCAGACCGACGCCAACGUUUUCUUGUACGACGCAACUGCCAUUGCUGCCAUUGAAGACGGGAACAGCGCGUCCCAAGACGUGCCCGCCACUCCCACCUCCUUCGAGGAGCUGGUUGCGAUGCUGGACAUCCCUGGGUUUACUACCACUACCGAGGAUGACCACACACAGUGCGCUACGUUGGACCCUGGAACCAAGUGGCCUAUUUAACACCGACGAGUUCGUCGGUAUCCCUUCCCUGUCUGAAGGCACCAAGUGUGCUGAGGACAUUACGGAACUGACUGACUGCAAUGGUGACCUGAGUGAGUUUCUGAGUGGUGAUCUGGCUGGGCAGAUGUUGGACAUGGAGAACUUUCUAGAGUUCACUGACCUGUCCCAGUUCAUGGGGAUGGUUGGCGCAGGUGAAGCUACAGAGGGAGAGGAAGCGACUGAUGUAACAGCCGAUGAAGGGGUAGUGCCCAUGCUGUUCCCAGUUGCUGACAGCCCUCCCACCGAAGCUGCCAUCCCCCAGGCUUCCACUUCCGAUGAGCCUCCAGUGAAGAUGGCCCGUCUCUCUACCUCCGAGAGUAUCGCAGCAUCCCCCAGUCCUGAUGAUCCACCAAUCGACAGGCGGCGCAAGAACAACAUCGCCGCCCAAGUCUCCCGCCGCAAGCGUAAGGAACGCGAGGCCAAUAUGGAGCAGAAGGCGGUCGAGCUGGAAGCGGCAAACGCCAAGCUUCGCGAGAAAGUGGCACAGCUGGAGGAGGCAACCAAGGAGAUGAAGCAGCGGCUCAUCCAAUCACUGGCCUUCGGGAAGUGAAGCCGAGGCAGCUAUUCAACAGCCUGGUUACCAAAACUCUCCUUGGAGAAGCUAAAAAACUCAGGAGCUAAAGUAGGUUUGGUAACCAGGCUAGAUAUUCCAUGGGUGACCCUGACCAUGGCAAAAUAGACAAAUGAACUUGAACUGUGGACUCUAGUGGUAACACUAGAUAACAUAGUGUUACUGAUGACGAGCUCUGGUUCACUUUCAGUCAAGUCUUUGUCAUCGUUUGGUCACUCUUUUAUGUUUCCAUGUUGAUCCUUGUAGAAAUGUUUUGUGUUAAGCAAGGAGGUUGUGUUAAAUAAGAGACUGUUAGUGAUUCCAUGUUAUCCUGUAGAUGUAAUUGUAGAGUGGCCAUUCUCAGUACAGAAGGGUAGAAAUGGACUUAACAUUUCCACAUGAUAUAGAUGAAAAGAUUGGUGUGUUUUUUGGAGAAAGGGAAAUUUUAGUCCUUUCCCUCACCCUUCUGUACUAGAAAUGGCCUAAGACAUGCAUAGAGCCCACUUAUUGAAUUUCUUUCAGUUGUUCACACUGUCACUACUUCUACUCUACAUUGGUUAAAAAGAGCAGAAAGUGGCUAAGUGGGCAUACAUUUUGUAGUCAAGUGAAUUAUUGCUUGUGGAGGUAGAGCUAGACCAACGAAUGUACCUCACUGAUAAAAAUAAGCCAAAAAUAUGACUAUGAAUUAGAAUAGCAUAUUAAUAUUUUGCUAUAUGCCUAUGUUCCUGACAUUUGUUAAAAAGGGUGCUAGGCAAAAGACCAAAAACAAGGUAGUAUAGAUGAUAAUCCAUUAUUGGAUGUUAAACAAGAAAAAGUAAAAAAAAAAAUCAAAUUGAAAAAAAAUGUAUAAUUGUGAAGGAAUGAGAUUUUUUGAGCCAGAUGUUGGCUUACGAAGAAUGUGUCUGAAUAUUUGGAAAGGUUUUAGAAUUGGUUGGAAUGUUUGAUGAAGAAGAGUAUAAUGCAAUGUAUACUUCAGAAACCAAGUGUAAACCUCUUAUCUAACCUUUUCUUGUGUAUUCUAGGACAGAUUAUCGAUCAGUGAUGGAAUUUUGUUGGAGAUUUUUAAAUUGAAAUGUGUGAUGUUAUCAGGGCUAUACCAUUGAACAUUUGACAAGGGGGUGGUGAGAUUGUUUUUCAGAAUGACGGGCAUGUGUAACCAGAUUGUACAUGAUGUAAAUUGUAAAGACGGAGUAAGAAAAAUAUCCUGACCACCCCUUUGAUGACUUCCAUGGUACAGCCCUUACCACCUUGCUAGAGCUUGUAUGAAACAGCAGGACAUAUGUAAUGGCAGUAUGACACAAGUCUUUGAGAUCCUCUAUUCAGAUAACUGGCUGGCUCAAGAAACUGAAUGAUGAUCUGUAAGACUUACAAAGCACUACCGAGUGUGCAAUAUAGUAAAAGCCUUUGUGUUGAUGGAGAAUGGUUGAGAAAAAAAAAUGUAGUCAGAACACUGGCCUGUACUUCAGUUGGAAAAAAGCACUGUAGAAGGCUUUUUAAUCAUGGCAGUAUCUUGAUGUUUUAUCUUGAUAUAUAUCCUGUACUGCAUUUUCUGCUGUUACAGGUGGGAGUAAAUUUCUACAUGUUUUUAUAUGGAAGGAUCAGAUGUAAAUAAAAAGACACUGGUGAU